CUCGGUCCCAGGCAAGUCUCAAGUUUCGUGUUCGGCCAAAGGGAUCAUCCAUUCUACUUCUUCCCUCUCCGUCCAUUCGCUUUCCAAAUGGCGCUCCCUCACUCCCGUCCGCUCUACUGGGGGAGAGCCUCCAUCCGUCCAUCCCUUCCUUCCCUGCCCAUCUCGAGAGCCCGUUCUUCGUCCAACCUCCGCGUCACUUGCUCGGCCGCCUUUCCCCAUCCCAAGUUCCGGAGGCCAUACACGACGGUGCUGAUUGUCCCGACCGGCGUGGGCGCGUCCAUCGGCGGCUUUGCAGGCGACGCGCUGCCCGUCGCCCGCACCCUCGCCUCCGUCGCCGACUGCGUCAUCUCCCAUCCCAACCAUGGCAGGUGUUAAAUGCGGCAAUGCUUUAUUGGCCAAUGCCAAAUGUUCUUUACGUUGAGGGAUAUGCACUUGACAGGUUUGCAGAAGGAUCUUGGGCUCUACAACCUGUCCACCAAAAUAAGGUAGGUUUGGUACUCGAUGCCGGAAUGGAGGAAGAGCUCAGAAUUCGCCAUUUGCAGGUUGCAGAUGCUACAAGAGCUUCCUUAGGCUUGCCUAUUGUGGAAUAUAUGGUUACAGAUGCUCCUUUGAAGGUUGAGACAUGGAUUGAUCCAAAAUGUGGGAAAUCAACAGGAAGGAUCAAGCACCCUGAUUCAUUAUUAAGAGCUGUACAAACGUUAGUUAGCCAUUCACACAUCAAUGCAGUUGCAGUUGUGGGGCGCUUUCCAGAUGACGAUAUGGAAGACAUGGAAGACUAUAGACUUGGGAAAGGGGUAGAUUCAUUGGCAGGAGUUGAGGCAAUUAUCAGCCAUCUUGUUGUGAAGGAGUUCCAGAUCCCCUGUGCUCAUGCACCUGCAGUAUCACCUAUCCCUCUUAGGACGUUACUGUCUCCAAGAUCUGCUGCUGAAGAGCUUGGGUAUACCUUUCUUCCCUGUGUGCUUGCUGGUUUAAGUUGUGCACCCCAGUAUGUGACAAAGAAACAUGGAUCCUUGGACAGUGAUUGUAUAGCGGCUAGUAAUGUUGACAGUGUAAUGCUUCCUGCUGAUGCUUGUGGAGGGGAUGGUGCUCUUGCUUUUGCAAGAAGCAUGACAAACAAUAAGCCUCUGAUAAUUGCUGUUCAGGAGAAUGAGACAGUGCUCGACGAUACACCUGAGAAGUUUGGGAUUGAAGUGGUGAAGGUCCUAAAUUAUUGGGAAGCUAUCGGGGUUAUUGCAGCUCACAAGGCAGGUGUCAAUCCAAAAGCCCUCAAAAGAGAAGGAAUCAAUAAUGUCAGAUGCCUUUCAAUGUCAUCCUCUAAUGAUCGUAAAGCUUCUUUGCCCUCUGCAUUGCAUGAUCGAGUUUAUUCAUUGUAAAUUUUUGACAGUUCAUUCGAAUAUAUUUAUUUAUCAGUGAAAUAGUUAGUAAUGCGGUUCCAUACUUAUCGAGUUCUAUUGAAAUUUGAUACGCUUGAUGAGUACAAGAUUUACC